UGGAGGGUGGGAUCCCAGGCGGGAUGGGUCCCCCGAGGCUGAAGUGACCGUGGCAAACGGCAGGAAAUUCCAAGUCAGAAAAUGAUGCUGUUAUUAGCAGUGGGUUUGUAAAGAGGGAGAAAAUCUGCUUGUGUCUGCGGCUCUGGAAUUCCUGCCUCGGGAGCUCCCGAUCCAGGGUUGUGUUUGUAAUGGGAUGGGUGUUGGGUGGGAACAGGGCAGGACCCUGAAGCAGGAGGUGCUGGUUGAGCCCCGGUCCUGCCCCUGGCCGAGGACUUGGAGGGCGACCAGGAGAGGUCAGGGCUUUUCCAUGUGGAUUUGCAUUGUCCUGGUGCAGCUGGGGAGGGAAGGGGCUGAGCGACCUGCUCGAGAUGCUCUUCUCUGGCUGGUGUGGGCACCAUGGGGUUGCUGUGCCUGGUGCAGGCUGAGCCUUCCUCCCCAUCCUCAUCUCUAUCUCUGUAUCCACAAUCCCAUCCCCUCCCCAUUCCUAUCCACAUCCCUAUCUUCAUCCUCAACCCCAUCCCUAUCCCCAUCUCCAUCCCCAUCCCCAUUCCCACACCCCAGCUGCCCUGGUGCGGGUCUGGCUGCAUCCCAUCAGCACACACGGAGCCCCAGCUCUGCCAGGCGGGACUGUUUCUCUGUCAGGACCUCAGCGAGCUGCCGAUGCUUCUCUUGGAGACGGGACCGGGGUUGUGGCUUUGUGAGCCACCAAAAAUAGGUUUUGUUUUGUUGCUUUUGGGCUCAAAGCGCGUUUUCUCUGCUCAGCCUCCAGGAGCACUGCCAGCCCUUGGGAUUCCUGUUUCUCCAGGAAAAGCCCACAGGAGCUGGCAGGGACCGAGGUGCUGGGGAAGGGGAACCUCUCCAGCCUGGCGGGUGCCCAUGGAAGCCAGUUUCCCAGUUGGAGCCUGAGCUUACCCCUCACCUCUCCCCAUGCCCAGGUGGCCGGCGGAGCAGCAUGCCUUCCUCCUGACCCCGCGCCGGCAGGAAGAGGUCCCGGAGCGAUGUCCUCUACGCGCGGCAAUGGGGAGCACUGGAAGUCCCUGGAGUCGGUGGGCAUCAGCCGCAAGGAGCUGGCGCUGGCCGAGGCGCUGCAGAUGGAAUACGAUGCGUUAUCCCGCCUGCGGCAGGACAAGGAGGAGAGCCGGGCCCGGCAGCGCGGGGACCAGCCCCUCAUCUCCUGGGACGAGCCCGCGGACAGGAGCGGCUGCGCUGGCAUCAAGGCAGCGCGGGGCCUCUCCGGCUCCGACCCCCUGCUCAGCUACAACGUCCCCCUGGUACCCGACGGUGCCCCCGUGCCCGGAGCGCCCCCCGCCGGCCCCAGCCCCCCCCCGCUGGACCCGCAGCCCUGGCUGAAGGGGCCCCUGGCUGGGGAGUACCUGUACAUCCUGGAGGGAACGGGGGGGGACUUCCUCGGGGAGCCCCUCAACGGCACCGAGCCCCACAGCGGCACCUCCCCAAAACAGCUCUCGCCGCCGCCUCUGCCCCCCCGGCACCUGCUGUGGAGCUCCCCCGAGGGCACCCAGCGCUCAGGGAAGGGGUCCCCCCCGCCCUCCACCAAGGGACCGCAGCCCAGAGACAUCAACACGUUCUCGGCGGUGCAGGAGCGCGCGCACGGGAAGCUGCUCGGGCGCCGCAUCUCGGAGGAGGACCCGUACGGCAUCAGCGAUGCCAUCACCUGCCUCAACCUCAAGGCCACCUACGAGUCGGAGGUGCUGCGGGAGGCCGCCCGCGGCUGGAAGGAGGGCAGGGGCAUCUUUGAGAAGGAGCUGAGCGGGAAGCCGGUGGCGCGCAGCAAGACCAUGCCCCCGCAGGUGCCCCCGCGGACGUACGCUCCCCGCUUCGGCAGCAGGAAGAACCUGGCGCCCAACAAGAACCGCAGGGUCUCCAGCGAGCCGGUUGCCCCCCGGCCGCACUCCUUCGCCAAUGGCUACGAGCUCUUCGAGGUCUCGGAGGAGCGGGACGAGGAGGUGGCUGCGUUCUGCCACAUGCUGGAUGUGCUGCGCUCCAGCUACAGCACCAAGGACUAUUCCCUGACGGGCCUGGUGUGGAGCGCUGUGAACCUCAGCCCCGAGCAGCUCGGCCAUGGCGUGAGCCUGAAGGUGACAGUGGUGUGUGACAGCCUGCGGGAGCCCCUCACCUUCACCUGCGACUGCUCCUCCACCGUGGACCUGCUCAUCUACCAGGCGCUGUGCUACACGCACGACGAGCUGCACAGCGUCGAUGUCGAGGACUUCGUGCUCAAGAUCUGCGGCUUGGAGGAGUUCCUGCAGAACAAGCACGCGCUGGGCAGCCACGAGUACAUCCAGCACUGCAGGAAGUUCGACAUGGACAUCAACCUGCAGCUGAUGAAGAGGAAGGGGCUGCGCAGCGACCUGGCCCGGACGGCAAGUGAUGACCAGAGCCCGUCCACCCUCAACCACUACAUCCACCUGCAGGAGAGGCCCAUCAAACAGACCAUCAGCAGGCAGGCGCUGAGCCUCCUCUUUGACACCUUCCACAACGAGGUGGAUGCUUUCCUGGCAGCUGAGGGAGACUUCCCGCUGAAGGCAGAACGGGUGAUCCAGUCGGUCAUGGCCAUCUGCAAUGCCCUGGCUGCCGUGGAAUCCCAGGAGAUCACAGCAGCCCUCAACCAGAUGCCCCCCUGCCCUUCCCGCAUGCAGCCCAAGAUCCAGAAGGAUCCAAGUGUUCUGGCCAAGAGGGAAAAUCGAGAGAGGAUCGUGGAGAGCCUGACGGCCGCCAUCCUCAACCUGGUGGAGCUCUACUGCAGCACCUUCAACGCGGACUUCCAGCCGGCGGUGCAGGGCAGCCGGGAGCACGGCGCGGCGCGGGAGGCUCGCCUGCUCUCCUGCCCGCUCGCCUUCACCGUCUACGCCACCCACCGCAUCCCCAUCACCUGGGCUGCCAGCUAUGAAGAUUUCUACCUCUCCUGCUCCCUCAGCCACGGUGGCAAGGAGCUGUGCAGCCCCCUGCUCACCAAGAAGGCCAACGUCUACAAAUACCUCUUCCACCUCAUCAUAUGGGACCAGCAGAUCUGCUUCCCGGUCCAGGUGAACCGGCUGCCGCGGGAGACGCUGCUCAGCCUCACGCUCUUCGCCGUGCCCGUCCCACCCCCGGGGGGCUCCUCCGACACCAACAAGCAGCGGCGCGUCCCCGAGGCGCUGGGCUGGGUGACCACCCCACUCUUCAACUUCAGGCAGGUCCUGACCUGCGGGAGGAAGCUCCUGGGCUUGUGGCCGGCGACCCAGGACAACUCCAGAGCCAGGUCCAGCGCCCCCAACUUCAACCAGCCCGACAGCGUCAUCCUGCAGAUCGACUUCCCCACCUCUGCCUUCGAGGUGAAGUUCACCAGCCCGCCGGCGGCUGAGCUCAGCCCCAGGUACGAGUUCGGCAGCCUGGGGGAGGAGGAUCAGCGCCAGCUGCGGGAGGCCAUGCAGAAGAAAUCUCUCUACUGGCUGAUGGACAUGGACCGCAAGCGGCUGUGGGAGAAGCGGUCCCAUUGCCACGCGGCGCCCGGCGCCCUGCCCAUGCUGCUGGCCAGCGCGCCCAGCUGGGAGUGGGGCUGCCUGCCCGACAUCUACGCCCUGCUCAGCCAGUGGACCUACAUGAGCCACCAGGAUGCCCUGGGGCUCCUGCACGCCACGUUCCCGGACCAGGAGGUGAGGAGGACGGCUGUGCAGUGGAUUGACUCCAUCUCCGACACGGAGCUGCUGGACUACCUGCCCCAGUUGGUCCAGGCCCUGAAGUAUGAGUGCUACCUGGACAGCCCGCUGGUGCGCUUCCUCAUGAAGCGGGCGAUCUGCGACCUGAAGAUCACCCACUACUUCUUCUGGCUGCUGAAGGACGGCCUCAAGGACUCGCAGUUCAGCAUCCGGUACCAGUACCUGCUGGCGGCUCUGCUGUGCUGCUGCGGGAAGGGGCUGCGGGAGGAGUUUGACCGGCAGUGCCUGCUCGUCAGCACGCUGGCCAGGCUGGCCCAGCAAGUGCGGGACGCGGCGCCAUCCGCACGGCAGGGCAUCCUCCGUGAGGGGCUGGAGGACGUGACGCAGUUCUUCAAGGCACACGGGUCGUGCCGGCUGCCGCUCAGCCCCAGCCUGCUGGUGAAGGGGAUCGUGCCCCGGGACUGCUCCUACUUCAACUCCAACGCUGUCCCCCUCAAGCUCUCCUUCCAGAACGUUGAUCCCCUGGGGGAAAACAUCCGCGUCAUCUUCAAGUGCGGGGAUGACCUGCGGCAGGACAUGCUGACGCUGCAGAUGAUCCGGAUCAUGAACAAGAUCUGGGUGCAGGAGGGGCUGGACAUGCGCAUGGUCAUCUUCCGCUGCUUCUCCACUGGCCGUGGACGAGGCAUGGUGGAGAUGAUCCCCAACGCCGAGACCCUGCGCAAGAUCCAGGUGGAGCAUGGCGUGACCGGCUCCUUCAAAGACCGGCCGCUGGCAGACUGGCUGCAGAAGCACAACCCUGGGGAGGAUGAGUACGAGAAGGCAGUGGAGAACUUCAUCUACUCCUGCGCCGGCUGCUGCGUGGCCACCUACGUGCUGGGGAUCUGCGACCGGCACAACGACAACAUCAUGCUCAAGACCACGGGGCACAUGUUCCACAUCGACUUCGGCAGGUUCCUGGGCCACGCGCAGAUGUUCGGCAACAUCAAGAGGGACCGGGCACCGUUUGUCUUCACUUCGGACAUGGCGUACGUCAUCAACGGCGGGGACAAACCCUCCAGUCGCUUCCAUGACUUCGUCGACCUGUGCUGCCAAGCCUACAACCUGAUCCGCAAGCACACCCACCUCUUCCUGAACCUGCUGGGGCUGAUGCUGUCCUGUGGCAUCCCCGAGCUCUCCGACCUGGAGGACCUCAAGUACGUCUACGAUGCCCUGAGGCCACAGGACUCUGACGCUGAUGCCACCACGUACUUCACCAGGUUGAUCGAGUCGAGCCUGGGCAGCGUGGCCACCAAGCUCAACUUCUUCAUCCACAACCUGGCGCAGAUGAAGUUCACGGGCUCUGAUGCCCGCCCGACCCUCUCCUUCGCCCCCCGCACCCACACCAUCAAGACAUCCGGCCGGAUCCGCGACGUCUUCCUCUGCCGCCAUGAGCGGGUCUUCAACCCCAGCAAGGGCUACACCUACGUGGUGAAGGUGCAGCGGGAGGGCCCAGGCGAGGUGACCUUCGUGCAGCGGAGCUUUGAGGAGUUCCAGGAGCUGCACAACAAGCUGCGCCUCCUCUUCCCCUCCUCGCUGCUGCCCAGCUUCCCCAGCAGGUUCCUCAUCGGGCGGUCGCGGGGCGAAGCGGCGGCCGAGCGGCGGAAGGAGGAGCUGAACGGGUACAUCUGGCACCUCAUCCACGCCGCGCCCGAGGUGGCAGAGUGUGAUCUCAUCUACACCUUCUUCCACCCCCUGCCACGGGACGAGAAGGCGGCCGGCACCAACCCGACCCCGAAGGCAGCGGAUGCCACCUGGGCUCGGCCCCUGGGGAAGGUCGGUGGCGAGGUGAAGCUCUCCAUCUCCUACAAGAACAACAAGCUCUUCAUCAUGGUGAUGCACAUCAGGGGGCUGCCACCAUUGCAGGAUGGCAAUGACCCUGACCCCUACGUCAAGACCUACCUGCUGCCCGACCCCCAGAAAACAACCAAGAGGAAAACCAAAGUGGCCCGAAAAACCUGCAACCCCACCUACAAUGAGAUGCUGGUCUAUGACGGGAUCCCGCGGGGGGACCUGCAGCAGCGGGAGCUGCGCCUGAGCGUGCUGAGCGAGGAAGGCUUCUGGGAGAACAUCCUGCUCGGGGAGGUCGGCAUCCGCCUGCGGGACCUCGACCUGGCGCAGGAGAAGAUGGGCUGGUUCGCCCUGGGGUCCCGCGGCCACGGCACCCUCUGAGGGGCCAGCACUGGGGCUGGGGACCCCGCGGCUCUGCUCAGCCCGGGAUGUGCCUGUGGGGACCGGGCACCGAUGGGUGCUGCUGCGGGCGGCUUCUCUUUGAAGUUUACCUUGUGUCAAGGGAGCAACGCGGGGCGGGAGGAGGGAGGACCGCGGGGACGGGAGGACUCUUCCUUUGGGAUAUCUGCAUUGGAGCUGUUUUCUAAGUAACGAGAAGCGUGAGGCCGGGCACCGGGUGGGGAGGAGAGGGGAGGCGCGGGGAGGGUCAGAGCUCGGGGUACAGCUCCAGCCAGGGCAUUCCCAUCUGGGGACGUCGCUCCCAAAGGUAAGCGGUGUGCUGGGGCUGGGCACGGGGCCGGUCCCAUGGGGCUGACCCCCAGUGCCAUGGGGACAGCCGGCGCCCUGCCCGUGCCCAUGCUGGUGGGACACCCAUCAUCACCCAGCUCACCCUCCAUCCGUCUCCCGUCCUCCCUGCGGCCCCGGGGCCGAGGCUGCUGCGCCGGGGCGGGUUUGGUGCCUGUGGUGCUUUGUUUACAGCAGGAGCUCCGUAAACGGAUGAAAAGUUUCUCAGGAUCGAGAAGAAUGAACUGAACCUUUAUAUUAAAAGUUUUAACU